AUGGGGGAGAGUGAGAGACAGAGAGGAGCUGAGUACCUGUUAAAUCCAUCUGUAUCUCCUCUCAGCUCCCUGAUGAUGCUGUGGAAACUGGAAAAUGUGUUCUUAUCCCAGCCUGUGGGGGACCCAGGCUCUCAGCUGCAGCUAUCCCUGCUCCACUGCACCAUGGGCAUCCUCAGGCCCAGCCGCUGGCUUCUGGUCCUGGGUCAUAUACUUCUGCUUAAGAUCCAGCCCAUAAAGGUUCAGGGAACUGACCCUGUGUCCCAGAAACUACGACGGCUCAAUGAUCAGUUCCAGCAGUUCCGGGCGCUGGCCCAGGCCCGUUUGGAUUUGUUGGCCUUGAACCAGAACAGAAACUCCUCUGGGGGCCUGGAGAGCCGUGUCCAGGCCCUGAAUGACCAUUACCACCACAUGUCACAGGACCUUGAACACCUCAAGCAGAGCACAACGCAGGAGAUAGAGGCUCUCAGAGACUGGACUAGGAAGAUUGAGAAGAAGAAUAAAAGGUUGGAGGGUCGUCUGGCUUUGAUGGAGAGAAACCUGAGAGAGUUCCGCCGCCAUGCCCAGAGACAGAAGCCUGAUCCUAUUCAGGAUUUCCUCAACCUCACUCUGGAGCUCCAAAGCCAAGAGGAGAGGCUAGAUGCCCUUCAGAUCCAGCGUGAUGAGCUGGUAGUUGGGCUAAAAGGGUUGCAAGAAUCCUUGAUAAAUCAGGCCCUGCGAGUCACCCAACUGGAGGACCGUCUUAAUGAGGUGCUGCAGUGGAAUAGAGGAAGGAAUAUCAUGGGGUCAGGGAGGGUGGGAGAGCCUCUCAGCUCCAACAGCACACCUCAGGAAUAUGACAAACCACACAGCAAUACACAAAACCAAAGACAAGGAAGGCCUGGAAGGAUUCUUGGAGGACAUACCCAACCCAGACGAGAAGGAAUCAGCCAAGCCAAACAGGCCAAGCCGUAUCAGAACCACUCAACAAACCAGCCUAAGCGUUCAAAAGCCCAGAAGCUAAGACCUCAGCCAGACUCUCAUCCACAUAUACAAGACCAGUAUCCAAAUCCAUAUUACCUGCCCCACCCUGAGCCUUACCGUCCCCAGUCACAGCUCCAGAUCCAAGCCCAAACACAGCCUUACCCGAUCCAGCAGGAGCAGCUCCAGUCUCGCCAGACUGAGCCUUUUCAUCAUGCCCAGAUCCAAGCCCAGGUCCAACAACCAUCCCAGCCUCAGUUACACCCUCAGACAGGCUCCCAACUUCCCAACCCCCGUCACCCAUCUUGGCCCCAUUCACAGCCUCAAACCCAGUCUGAACCCACCAAAGACAGACAGAGAAGCACCAGAGUGGGAGUCUCCCCUCCACAAGCCUCAGAUUUUCUCCCUCAAACCCAGUCUGAGUAUUAUCAGCCCAGGGCUACUACGUGGAAAGGUGAAGAGGAAGAAGAAAGUGACAUAAAGGUAGAAUCUUCAGUUAUCCAUAACAUGCUCCAGCUUCCUGUGAGGCACAAGAUUCCUGCACAACCAGUUCCCAAAAAGCAUGCAACCAUCUGUAAUGUAGAUUCCAUGCUGUUCUUCCCUUCGGCAUCACUGGAGAACUACGUCACCUUCUUCUCAACUUUUCCUGAUCUUCCUGAAUUUUCGGUGUGUCUGUGGCUUCGUGUAGAAAACUCCCAUGUCGGCACACUGCUCUCCUAUGCCACAGAUGACAAUGACAAUCAGUUAGUUUUGUAUGGACGAAAUGUCUCUGCUUCUUCCUCAUCCUUCCAGCCCUUCUACUCCUCUUCUCCACCCUCACCUUUUUCCUACCCCAUUGCUUCCUCACCUUCUCUGGACUUUGUCCUUGGAGACCCUGUCUAUCGCAGCCUUCCAGUAUUGUUGCUGCUGGAUGCUCACUGGCACCACCUCUGUGUCCUCUGGUCCUCCAUCCAAGGUCGGUUCUGGCACUAUAAUGACCGGCGCCUCACCUCUUCAGGCUCCAACUUCAGAAAGGGCUGGGAGAUUCCUGGAGGUGGAACUGUGGUGUUGGGUCAGGAGCAGGACUCUGUUGGUGGAGGGUUUGAUCCCACAGAAGGUUUUGCAGGGCAAGUGGCAGGGUUCAGGGUAUGGAACAGAGUCCUGAGCCCCUUGGAGGUAGAAGGGGUGGCAGAAGGGAAAGGUGUUCCCAGAGGGGUGGUGCUGGGUAUGGAGGAUAUAAAGGAGGUACAUGGAGAGGUGCAACAGGUGGCUUGUGAAUGUUUAGAGCACUGUGUGGGAUGAGUUCAUGAAGGAUUCCUCCUAUUCUUAAGAGGUCAAAUUCGGAUUUAAUUGAAACUCUUAAAAUGUGCAGUGGUCCAUUAAGAGACAGUUUUAGUUAUAUAUCUUUUUGGCUUUAAAAUCAGUUCAAAGACUAUCAUUAGUUAUCGGUACAG